AUGAAGGGCAGACACCAAUUUCGACGCAGAUUCAGUUUACAACCGUCCUUUUUGAAAGAAGAACGCGAGGAAGAAAGGAGACCUAACAGCAGGACAGAAAGAACUGAAGAUGCAGAUACAGACAAGAUAAGCAACAAUGCAGUGAGGCACAAGAUAGUUGUACUAGGAGCGGCAAAAGUGGGAAAAUCAUCACUAAUAUCACAAUUCCUCUAUAACACCUUCUCCUACAAGUACAAGCGAACCGUUGAAGAAAUGCACCACGGGGAUUUCAAUGUUUCUGGCGUUCGGCUCACGUUGGACAUACUGGAUACCUCAGGCGCUUACGAGUUCCCUGCAAUGCGUGCCCUAUCCAUGCAGUCCGCAGAUGCGUUCAUUCUUGUAUACGAUAUAACAGAAGCAAACACAUUUGCAGAAGUGAGGGCACUUAGGGAUCAGAUACAUGAAAUAAAACAAAGUACGGCUGUUCCUAUUGUUGUCGUUGGCAACAAAGUUGAUCUAGCUGAAACCGGUGAGAGAGAGGUGGAGUUUCACACUACUGAAUCAGUGGUUACAGUAGACUGGGAAAAUGGGUUUGUAGAAGCGUCAGCAAAAGAUAACAUUAAUGUGUCCCAAAUUUUCAAAGAACUUCUAGUACAGGCGAAGGUAAAGUAUAACCUGUCACCGGCACUGCGACGAAGACGACGACAAUCCCUGCCUCCUGGACCUCAAGGACCACCGGGGACAAGCAAUUCUUCAUCAGCGCAUGCCAAUCAACCGCAUGUUCCUUCACCAGCUCAACUUGCACAUCUACAACAAAUACGGGAACGUCACGCCCACAGCAAACGUAACUCAUGUAUUAUUUCUUAA